AGAAGUAAAAUGGCGGACUUGGCGAACGAAGAGAAGCCAGCCAUAGCUCCUCCAGUGUUUGUGUUUCAGAAGGACAAAGCGCUAAAGAGAUCAGCGGAUGGGUCGAGUGCGGAGGAUGGAGAUGAUUCAGACCGUGAUGAUGGAGAGUACUGUCCCCCAGUGAAGAGAGAGAGGACCUCAUCUCUGACCCAGUUCCCACCCUCACAUUCAGUUUCCAAGAAUAAUAUCUUUAUGCCCUCAAGUUUAUGCCAGUCUCCAACUGGUAAUUCCGACUCGGAACCAGAAGAGAAGCCUGUUGGGUUUAGGUUGAAGCCCCCGACUCUCAUUCAUGGCCAGGCCCCCAGCUCAGGUUGUUUUCCAGGUGUUCCCAGUCAGAAGCCCAAAGAACUGCAACGCAGUGUUCUGAGACCAGCGGUUCUACAGGCACCUCCCUCCAAAACCCUCACAGAAUCCGUCAAGACCAACUCCAGCUGUGGAACAAACGGAGUGGGGAAGUUUGGAGACGUGGCAUCAGAGAUUCGAUCUGUUUUUCAGAACAACACAGAGUGUUCGGACAUCUCACCGAAGCGAGAGAAGGACGGAGAGGAAAAUGGAGGUGGACAGAAGGAAGAUGGCAGUCCGAAAAAGGACAGCGCAGUGGACUCAUCGUUUGUUUUUGGCCAGAAUAUCAAAGAGCGAGCAAAGUUGGAGGAAAACAAAGCGCUCAGCGACUCAAAGGAAACCACAGAUUCUCAGUCUGGCGGCACAAAUUAUUUCUUACAGUACAUGGGCACCUCUAGUAACGCCGCCAACAACUCAGAUAAAGACUCCAAGUUUGUCUUUGGCCAGAACAUGUCUGAGAGAGUGCUGAGCCCACCUAAAGGAGGCGAGACAUCUACAGAGAGCAGUAAAGAAACAUCAGUUCCAGUUUCAGAGCCAACAUCACAGGAGGCCACGCCCGAGAAGAAUCACAGUGUGACCGAGUCUCUUGAAGAGUCGGCAGCUGCUUACACCAAAGCCACUGCCAAGAAGUGCAUUCUGGAGAAGGUGGAGGUACGAACCGGAGAGGAAUCAGAGAGCAAUGUGUUACAGAUGCAGUGUAAGUUAUUUGUGUUCGACAAACCUGUUCAGUCGUGGGUGGAGCGAGGCCGCGGUCUACUCAGACUCAACGACAUGGCGUCCACCGACGACGGCACGUUACAGUCUCGAUUAGUGAUGCGUACACAGGGAAGCCUGCGGUUGAUUCUCAACACGAAGCUGUGGCCUCAGAUGCAGGUGGACAAAGCAAGUGAGAAAAGUGUUCGGAUCACUGCCAUGGACACCGAGGACCAGGGCGUGAAAGUCUUCCUCAUAUCGGCGAGCUCCAAAGACGCCGGUCAGCUGGCCGCAGCUCUGCAUCACAGAAUCUUGGCCCUGAAAAGUCGCGCGGAACAAGAGACCGAGAGCACACCCGCCCCGGCCGAACCGGAGAUACCACAGUCGAAUGAGGAUGACAGCGACGAUGAUGAGACCGCUAACAGUAACAGCACCGGUGCAGUGAACUCCAGCAUCAGCGGUAACUGUGAGAACAGUGAGACGGGGACCGGCGAGAGCACAUAGCACCCUGACCCUCCGCUCGACUGACAACUGCCCACCAGGGUUUUAGUGCAGACGUCUUUGUGCACAGCCCAGACCGGCAUGGCCCCCACGAAGCGAUGCUGUGGACCCCCAAGGGGCGGAGUCUCUCUUACUCAAACUUCUGUAGUUCAUUUUUCCCCUUCUACAUUUAUUGUAAAUCUGGAAUUGAUUUUUUUAUCGUUUUGUUUUGUUUUUAGUUCUUGUUUUUCCUUUUGGACUGCAAAUAAACAAAUUAAAGACGACAAAAAAAGGAAAAAAAUACAGGGACUUCUCCAUGAAUGGCUUUGGACUUGGUUGCUCAUCAUAUUGAUGAGUUUGGGGGCGUUUCUCUUUUCGUUUAAACACGACUGCAGUUUCUACCGUGGGACCGUUUUGUACUCAUCCUCUCUCUCUCUUUUCGCUGGCUGUUGGCUUCAGAUCACAUCUCGACCUCACCACUCAAAGGCUCUUGCAUCAUCACGCUUACUGGCAGAUCAGCUUGCCGGUAGCACCACAGUCAUCUGUUGUACCCCUGUGUUUAGUGAAGUCGUAACUUCUUCCGAUCCCAAGGUUGAUUUCUGUCUCCAUGCGUCUCCUGGAUAUCCCCACCAGUUUCUAGGACAAGCGGACGCACUUUACUAGUCUGCGAAGAUGGUAGUUAGAUUUCUCAUCUGUGUUAACCAAUAAAGGACUAAACCAGCACAUGGACUCGUGCUGUAGUGAAUCUGUUUCUAGAAGUUGCCCCUUGUACACGAGAAAAAACAUCUUUACCCUAUUGUCUGUUGAUAACAUCAGAAUCAUCUGUGUAGCUUCAUUUAGGGGCAGAUGUUUAAUAUUCCUUUUUAGUUAAUUUGAUGAGAAGUUAACGUUUGAAAGCGCAUCUCGAUAUUAGUUUUUUUCCAUACUCCAGGGUUUGUAUUGUGUUGGCCUUUUUUUUAAAUAUUGAUUUACUAUAUUAACUUUUUAUCUAUUUUCAUGUCAUUGGAGACCAUAUGUCAGAAAUGGAGAUUUUUCUUCGUGUGUUGGAAGUUUUGAGUGAAUUUAGACAGCAAAAAGGACAAAAAAAAACACUUGUACUCUUGAAUGUUCUGUACAUUUCUAUGUGUAUAUUAUCACUUACUAGCACACAGUGUCUCCAACCUCCUUUACAAAAUAAAUAGUAAUAUCAAAGUUAAAAAAAAAGAAACAUUUGAAAUAAAUUUUUGUCUUAUGUCAACAGUG